CUCCUCCUCAGUAUUUCACACUUGUGGCAGAUCUAGAUCCAGUCUGGGUUGUGCAGAUCUAGAUCCAGUAGUAGCUUCUAACAAGGAGUAAUACUAGUACAUAUUAAAAUUGAAGAGCCAAGUGCACAUCAAUCAGUGCAGAGAUGGGAGAUAAUUCAGUACUGCGCUCAUGUACAGACAUAUGAAUAAGUCCCAGACGCAUCGGCCAACUGUCUGUCCUCCUCCUCCCUCACAGAGAGAGACGCUCGCAUGCACUCCGUCGCUAACAGGAUUUGAUCCCAGACAUCGAUCUUACUACAAGUUGUAGUCUGUGGUUUGUGCGACGCAUACAUGGUUCCAGAUUAAGUCUUCAAUAGGAGCAAAUGGCGGAGGCUAUACUCCAUGCUUUGUCAAAGAUUGGGUCAGUCGGUUUGAAUAAUGAAGUAUCAGCUGUCAGAAAGAAGUUGUCGAAGAAAGUUGCUAGCCUAUAUGAAUUGCCAGUCAAGAUCGAAGAAUUUGGGGUACAGCUAAAGGCGAUGAAUAAUGUAAUGCGUGAUUUUGGCACAACACAUCUCACCAAUAAUGUCAUCAAGGGUUGGAUUGCAGACGUCCGGAAGCUGGCCUACCAUGUUGAGGAUGUAAUUGACAGGUACUCGUAUGAGGCUCUCAAGCUCAAGGAAGAUGGCUUCCUACGCUGGUACGACAUCAGAAGUUCACGCCACAUAACGGUUUUCAGUAUAAUUCUUGAAGAUGUCAUACAGAUAGAGGAGGAGAUCAGAUGCGUCAUAGAAACGCGAAAAUUAAUUCUUGAAGAUGUCAUACAGAUAGAGGAGGAGAUCAGAUGCGUCAUAGAAAUGCGAAAUUACGGGAGUAUAACAGUCCAGUCCAGUGAAAAUGAGGAUGCAGACAUUGGUAGGAAGAAGCCUGAAGGUUCCUUUCCAGAGCUUGUUAGUGAUGAGGAUCUUGUGGGAAUUGAUGAAAACAGGAGUAAGUUGACUGAAUGGCUGACCACCAAUGAGGAAGAAACCACGCUGAUAACAGUUUCUGGAAUGGGAGGCUUGGGAAAAACUUCCCUUGUGAAAACUGUGUAUGAUCGGGAGAAAGACAAUUUUCCUGAUGCUCAUGCUUGGAUUGUGGUGUCAGAAAUAUAUAAUGUAGUUGAUUUGCUAGCGAAACUGCUCACCAAGAUACAACGGCAGUCACCGCCGAGUGUUGACGUGGCCUUGGGCCAUCACGCUGAUGUCUAUGAGUUAACAGAGGCAAUACAGAAGACAUUGCAAGACAGGAAAUGCUUGAUCGUGCUUGAUGAUGUGUGGGAAAGAGAAGCAUAUACUCGGAUGUGCAAUGCAUUUCAGGGUCUCCAAGGAAGCCGUGUUAUGAUCACAACACGGAGGGAAGAUGUUGCUGCUCUAGCUCCUCGGGGACGUCGCCUGCUACUCCAGCCCUUGGGUAGCGUCGAGUCAUUCAAACUCUUUUGUUCAAUAGCUUUCCACAACAACAGCCCUGCCUGCAAGUGCCCUCCGGAGCUUGAGAAGGUGGCAGCUGCUGUAGUCCGGGGAUGUCAUGGCCUGCCAUUGGCCAUUGUAUAUUCUGGCCGCGUAUUGUCCGCGAAGGAACAAACAGAGCACACCUGGAAUCAGAUAUACAACCAUCUCUGGAGCGAGCUGCAGGGAAAUGACCAUGUCCAAGCCAUACUUAACCGGAGCUACAAUGACUUGCCGGGUUAUCUCAGGAACUGUUUCCUUUACUGCACCUUGCUCCCUCAAGGCCAACCAAUGCCACGGGAGAGCCUUGUGCGGCUAUGGAUCGCUGAAGGAUUCACGAGAAAGAGAGAAGAUUGUACUGCAGAGGAAGUGGCGGAGGAGUGUCUCAUGGAACUCAUCGACCGGAAUAUGCUGCAAGUUGUGGAGCGGGAUGAGCACUUUAGGGUUAGUACCUGUAAGAUGCAUGACAUUGUGCGAGACCUGGCUCUCGCUGUUGCGAAAGAGCAGAGGUUUGGCUCCGCAAAUGACCAGGGCGAAUUGAUGCUCCUGGACACAGAUCAAGUUCGUUGGUUCUCGACAUGCGGUUGGAGUGACAGCAAUAACACAGCUCCAGGAGGAGUCAAAUUUACACGACUCCGCACGUUGGUGUCGAUUGGGUCUUGUAGCAACAUGCUUUCCUCAGUUUUCUCUGAAUCCAUCUAUCUUACUGUUCUCGAGCUUGAAGACUCUCCAAUCAACCAAGUACCAGCAUCCAUCGGGAAUCUGUUCCAUCUCCGCUACAUUGGCUUAAGGCGCACCCAGGUUAGGUCUCUUCCAGACACUAUUGAUAAACUCUCAAACCUAGAGACACUGGACCUCAAGCACACAAGAAUAGAAAAGCUACCGUCAGGAAUUGUCAAGGCCGAGAAGCUACGUCACCUUUUUGCUGACAGGUACGCUGAUGAGAAGCAGACGGAGUUCCGAUACUCGGUCGGAGUGGAAGCGCCUAAGAUGAUUUCCAGGUUUCAACAGCUGCAAACCCUCGAGACCGUCCAUGCCAGCAAAGACGUAGCGCUACAGCUGAAGCACAUGCACGGGUUGCAGACUGUUUGUAUUGAUAGCAUCGAUGCAUCUAGUUGUGACGACCUUUUCCGUGCCCUCUCCUGUAUGCCCCAACUUUCAAGCUUACUCUUGUCAGCAAGUGAUGAGGAGGAGGCACUUUCUUUCAAAGCAUUCGAGCCAACUUCGACCAGUCUCCGCACGCUAAUCGUCAGAGGUGGCUGGUUCAUGGCGGGACUCAGUUGCCCAAUAUUUCAGGAGCUUGGGAGGUAUCUCAAGUACCUGGCUCUAAGCUGGUGCGAUCUUGAGGAAAAAGACCCUCUGCCGGUGCUGGCAUGUCACGUACCGGCGCUCACUUAUCUCAGCCUUAACAGGGUGAGCAGUGAAGGCAUAUUGGUUCUUUCUGCUGGGUGCUUUCCGCUGCUCAAGACGCUCGUCUUAAAGCGCAUGCCUGAUGUGAAGCAGUUGGUGAUUGAAGAGGGUGCCAUGCCGUUGGUUGAUGGGAUCUACAUCACGACACUCUUGGGGAUGAAUGCUGUCCCUGAUGGCAUUGAUACCCUUGGAUCCUUGACCAAGUUGUGGAUGCUGGAUCUGCACAGGGAGUUCAAGGCUGACUGGACUCAGAAGCAGAUGGAUGACAAGAUGAAGCAUGUUUCAGACCUCCGCGUUUAGCCUACCUCCUUUCCUUCCAUCGGUAAUACUCAAUUAAGAAGCCACACUAACGUCGAUCUUAUAGUACGUUGUAAGUGUGCAUGUUUUUAAUUGUCAGCAGCUUUGAUUUGUUUGCAACUGCAUGCAUUGUUGGAAUUUAUUCUUCUUUCCAACCAGCGCUAGCUAGACCUCUCUUCUGUAAUAAGUCCUUAAACACGGGCAUGGCAUUUGAUCCAUCACGAACUUAAAUUGAGUUUGUUUCAUUA